AUGAUUGUUGUUGGGGCUAAGGGCCAGAACAAUGAGCCCCAGCGUGGAAGCGAGAGGGUAGCUGUGGACCGGCCUGUACUGUACAAGUUGCCAGUUCCCAUCAUUGAGGUGCAGCCGAGCAAAGACCCGCGCCAGGAAAUGGCAAGUCUUCGCGACACUCCAGACGAGCGGGACCGUGGGCUCGUAGGCCCUCGCGUCGUCGCCGGUUCCUUGAGCCCUUCGUUGCCUUCGAGAGGCUCGUCGGGCUCGGUGCCGACCGUAGCUCCGGGCACACCGUACGUGUACCGGGGACUCCAGGGGGCUGAGUUCCGACUGCUACGGCUCUUGCCGGAGAGCAUGUCGGCUAUCAAGUGCCAGCUCAUCAACACAACUCUGGACGACCCGCCCAAAUACAUGGCGCUAUCGUACGCAUGGGGUAACGGGGACGACACGGCUGAGAUCCGGGUCGACGGCCACCGGCACAAAAUCACGACGAGCCUAUACGGAGCGCUGCGGCGGCUGAGGCGGCCCCGAGAGUCUGUAUAUGUGUGGGCAGAUGCGGUGUGCAUCAACCAGCAGGACAAGGCAGAGCUGUCGCAGCAGGUGCGAUACAUGACGAGCAUCUUCUUGCAGGCUGAGUCAGUGGCCAUCUGGCUAGGCCCGGAAGCAGACGACAGCAACCUGGCGAUCAGCCUGGUGCGGCGGACGGUCCGAGCGGCGGGCUCGGCGGCAGCCAUGCGGGAACUGAUAUCAAUGCGGGAGCUGCGGGCACACUUUGCGGCCCUGGUAGCAUUGUUUGAGCGGGCGUACUGGAAGCGGCUGUGGGUGGUGCAGGAGGUGCUCAGCGCCACGGCCAAGACGGUCUAUUGCGGCCGCGACGAGGUCUCCUGGGCGGACCUCAUCACUGCAUCAGAGGCCUUCGCGAAGCACGCCGCCGAUCUCAACUACUUCUAUCCGUCCGGUCUGAGCUCCUCAGCCCGUCACCAGCUCUCCCAACCGCUGCACUCAUACGCUCGCGUCCUUGGCUCGCGUGGCCCUGCGAGCUUCCACGCCCUCCAAUCCAUUCAGGACGGCGGACCACGAACCCUCCUUGAUGUCCUCCACACCUGCCGCACAAAGCUCUCGGCCGACCCCCGCGACAAGGUGUUUGCCAUCCUCGGCAUUCUCCCUGAACAUGUUGGCGCCGACUUCCCCAUCGACUACAGUGCGUCUGUCCGCGAGGUCUAUACCAAUGUCGUCGACUUCCUCUUGCACUCGGACCGUCUUGAUGUCAUCUGCGAGGCCAUCUACUUCCCUCUCCAUUCCGGCAACGCUGCCCUUCCCACUUGGGUUCCCGACUGGUCCCACAUCCCCCAGACCGGUGCCCUUGGCCUGUCUUAUGACUUUUCCGCUGCAGGCGACAGCAAGCCAGAGUUCGAGCUGCUCCAGCAGCGGUCGAGGCUCAAGCUGACGGCCCUGCAGCUUGACACAGUCGCCGUGCAUGGAAUCGCUGUCGGCACCCUGUGUACCCUCGAUGACUACCUCAUGGCUUUCCUUCAUUGGCGAGCCAAGAUGCUCGGCAAUGCCAAGGUGCGGGAUCGCUACGGAGACGACCGCAUCCACGACGCCUUCUGCCGUACCUUGCGGCUUGGCCAGUCCGAUCAGGCGAGCAAGAGUUCUAGGGAAAAAGGCGACUGGACGAGCAUCUGCUAUCACAUCUAUGCCUCCUUGCUCCGAGAUCGGUUGCCCUACAUCGCCCUCGAUCGCCAGCUGUCUGAGUAUGCCUCCAUGACCAACCUUGGAGUGGAACCCGACGAGAGACGUGGCAUACUCCAGGUAAACUGUGGCUCGCGCAUGAUGGGCAGGUGCUUCUUCAUCACACAGAGCGGCAUGCUGGGCCUCGGAACCGGCUUUAUGGAUUCUGGCGAUGUCGUUUGUGUUCCGCUGGGCUGCAACACACCUGUCUUGCUUCGCGCAGAAGGUGGUCAUGGCGAAUACAGGCUCGUUGGCGAUUGUUAUGUUGAUGGGUACAUGCAUGGUGAGGCAAUGGCGUCUGGCGCUUUUGAAACAACAUCGUUCGUGCUGCACUGA